AGAUGGGCAGCUAUAUAAAUAUGAUCGAUAAUAAAUAUGAUCACUCAAUACGAUCAAUAUAGAAGAAGUCAUUUUUUUCUCCUUUUUUCCCAGGUUGUCUCUCACAUCUGGAUUGCAUUGCUUCUUCUGAAUGGCUUCUUCUAGAUAAACCAAACUUCUUUUCCCCACCUCUGCUGUCUCAAUCUCUCGCAAAAUCCAAGGGUCAUCAUGAAGAGCUGAGAUCAGGCUUCACGUGAAGCACCACUUCCAUUUUCAGGGAACAUUUGGGGAAGGCUGUCCAGGACAUGGCUUCCUUGCAAAUGCUCCCAGGAGAUGUAAGAUUAGGGGCAACUCCUGUCUAAAACCCAGGAGAUGUGCUGCCAGUUCGUGCCGAUAUGGAAGUAGGAAAUUUAGCAGCUCAUCCAUGAUUAACACACUAGAAAGAGAGCCGUUGAAAAAGGUGCUGCUGGAAAGCCGCAGGAGCAAAUUUUAAAAAGUCAUGCUAGUAUCUCAUGCAGAAAUAAUUGAAAAUAGAAAAUAUAUUUGCUCCUGCAUCUCUCCAGGAAAAGUAAUUUCAGUUAAGGUAUUUUCCUGGGCAACCCGCAGAGAAAUGGUAAUAAAAUUCUAGGUCACUGCAAACCUUCUCAGGGUUCAUAGAACACAGUAUAAAAAACCCAGCUGUGUUCCUCUCAUGUUUGCUGGAAAUCUUCCCCAUCUGCUUAAUUUCCCUCAAAAUGAAUUCUAAAAGGUUAAGUUCUUAUUUUCUUAUUUCCUACGGCUUUUAAUGCAUCCGACCCGUUCAUUCUUGCAUUUCGCUGCUAAUUAACCGGCUUAAUGAAUCUGAAAGAACCCCUGUUGAUCAGAUUUGGGGACUGUCCCAUCUUCCCUUCCAGGCUGUCCUGUGAAAACAUGUCCUGUUGUUGUUUCAUUCAGAUAUCUAUGUUUUUGGCAUUGGAAACCUUGAAGUGGACUGGAGUGCCAUGAAUGAGAUUGCAUCCAAGAAGACAGGGGAACGGCAUGUCUUUGUGAUGGAAAAUCCACAGGAACUCAGGAAAGCUUUUGAAGAUGUGCUGGACCCCAGAGAUUUGGAGGACAUAUGUGGUUUGGCAAACUACUCUGACAGCGCAAGAUGGGAUCAGAAGAGCCCGUGGCACGUGCUUCUGCAAAACACACAUCGUGCGGAUUCUUCUUGCCGAGGUGCCUUGGUUUCAGACACCUGGGUUCUAACAGCUGCUCACUGCUUCAACAACCUGAAUGACAUAUCUAGUUGGACGCUGGUUCUGGGAGGACAAACCAGGUUGCAGAUAAAGAGGCGGAUUGACCAUGAAUUAUACAACAUUCGGGCUAAGUCAGCCCAGGGCAUCCAAGAAUUCUAUGACUAUGAUAUCUCCCUCGUUGAACUGGAGAAACCUGUAUCGUUUGGGGGGCGAAUCAGGCCAAUCUGCCUCCCUUGCACCGAAGGCGCCAACAGAGCCUUGAAGAAGAAGCCCGGGACAAUGACAUGCAGAGAUCAUGGUAAGGGCACCAGGCUUCUCCAGACCUUGCACUGAGCUCCAUUAGACCCU